UACUAACAAGGCUAUAGUCAAACUUCUCAUCGGCUUCUUCACUUCGCUCUUCUCCUCAGAUCACCAAGCUGGAAUCGCCGCAUCUGUGAAAGCACUACGGGAACUGAGCAGGAUGAACACUUUCCAACCCUCACUAGGGGAUGGCAUUAUCAUGAAUGUCACUAAGCUUGGAGAAGAUUUCAAACGCCAGACGCUAGCAACCCGUCUAGCAACCUACGAACUAAUCCUGGCGCUUCUGAAAGAUGCCCCUGUAGCCAAAGAGCUGCAUUUCAAAUACGGGGAGACCUGUGGGUUCAUGACAGGCCUACUUGACCUUUGCCGAAACGAGAGAGACCCCCAAAAUCUCUUGAAAUGGUUCGAGAUUCAAACAGUGUUCCUGCAAAACUUUUCCCCUUCCAAAGAUAUUGCGGCUGAGGUUUUCAAAGUCUUCUCGGCUUAUUUUCCCAUCACAUUGCGAGCAUCAGCAACACCGUCAGGGGUGACUGUCGACGACUUGAAAGGCUCUCUGAGAUCUUGCUUCGCCUCGCACCAGCGCAUAGCAGACCUAGCUAUACCCUUCUUGAUAGAAAAGUUGGAUCAAGGAGAUGCUGUAACUGUUGCUGUCAAAGUCGAUAUACUCCAGACGUUGCAGGCAUGCUUGACCCAGUACCAACAAGCUCAACAAUCCGUUGUGCCCUAUACUGAUCAAAUAUGGGCGUCACUCAAGUACGAGGUGCGGAAUGGCGAAAUCCGUGACUCGAUCGAAUCGACCCUUAAAGUUAUUGGCACAUUGACUAAACGACUGGAUGGGGAAAGUCUCGAUCAAUUCUUCCACACAGCCUGGACAGACUUAGCCGAUGACUUGUCCAACCCAACCUACACUUCACAAGCAGGCCAAUUACUUACGGCUUUCUCCGGGGCCACUCCUCAGGCAUUCUACUUGUCGACUCCACGAGCAUUGAGCCAUGUCAAGGCAACCCUCAAGCAAUCUAAAUCCACACACCACCAGCUUAAGCUGCUCUCUCUGCUUAACUCUCUACUCUUGGUCCGAUCAAGCUAUGCCGAGAAGGAUGUUAGCAAGCCAUCCGAGGCAAAUACCAGCUUGGGACUGUUGCAAGACGUGCAGUUUGGCGAUGUUCUUUUCGAAGAUGUAUAUGCGCCUAUGUGGAGAGAACAUGAUCAUAGCUUGCAAGUUUCGGAUGAGCAGGUCGAAAUCAUAAAGAAACUCAUGGGUGGCAUGGCUUCCUUGGCCGUGGGACAUGCAAAUAGUGAUGCCGGGACGAGUCGUCACUUGUGUUCGGAUACCGUCCGCGAAAAGAUCUGCCGCUGGCUUGAGAUGCCCAUAUUAUGUCCUCUCCAGGGCAUUAAGUUUCGCAAUGGUGCGCAAGACCAACAAGAGGCCGAACUUCGCAAUGAUGCUACAGAAGCCUUGAAGGAAAUAGCACCGCUAUAUCCUAGCGGCUAUCGACAGCUGCUGAUGCACUUUCUUGCUUCCCUCACGAAAGGCAUCGAAGCUCGCCCCUAUACUUUCUAUCCAACGAUCUACGAUGUCACGUCAAGAUUGUGUAGAAUAGGCUGCGCAUCUAUCUCUGAAGGGCAUCCUUUGUCGAACAUUGUUUCGCUGAUCAGCACUCUGUUGGAAGGACUUGAUGCGAUGCUGAGCGUCGCACCUGAUCCGGUGUUCUGGACCGUCAUAGUCGCCUCCAUCGAACUUGCUAUCUUGGAGUCUAUGAGUAUGCUAGAUUUAGGCCAGAUUGAGAAAUCCUUACGUAAAGAGAACACUACCGUCUCUCUCUCGGAUGGAGCGAUCGCCUGGUACCCUGGAUUCAGUAACUCCGUCAUCGGGUUGCCAGAAAUCGACAUUGGCAAGCAUGGUGACCUUGAAGUCGCAGCCACAAGCUUGGAGAAGUUGAACAAGGGCGAGGCCAAUAUCUACCGGCAAUAUCUAGGGUAUUGCCUCUUCACCGUGGCACAGAUAUACCGCCGUGUCACUGCCAUUAAACCUACUGAUUCUACCUGGGGUAUUGGGGUUAGUACCGACAUCCAGGAGAAGAUUAACAUCCCUGCUCGGCUUGAUCAGUGCUUCAUCCACCUGGGCCACAUGGCAACCAUUGUCAUCAGGGCCCUCCCUGCUGAGAUCCAGAAAGAACUUGGCUUCUGGCGUGAUGCGUUUGUCAUGUUCCGAGGCGAUGAGAAAUUGCCCGAGGGAAACGAUACCCUUUGGACGGCAGUAACUGCGAGCAGACCGGUUGCAAUCAGCUCCGCUGACCAAUAUCGCACAGCUCCUUUAGCAUUGGGCAUCCUAUCGGGUCUAUGGCCUUCGGAGAUGCUUGAUUUGUAUCCACUCGGAACCAUGCAGAGGUUAUGUGAUACCCUCGGCAAGUCUAUCUCGCCUUGCUUUGGAGAUGCAACACGCUGUGCCCUCAACGCAAUUCUGGCGUGCUUAUCCAAUAAAUUCACCGAGUCGAACGCUGAUGCGGCUCAAUACUGGGGAAAAGCCUACCACACAGCAGCAGGGUCCUAUGGAAAGGUCAUGAGAAGGGCGGCCGGAGACGGUCCAGAUGUGACUGCGUCUGUGGCCAUCUUCAAAAGUGUCUUGUACUUCCUUGCCGGGGAUAUUGCACGAUUUUCGUCGUCCAAGGUGUCCGAGUCAGGCUCGAACUGGCUGCUCCGACUGAUUUGCGCGGGAGCGCCGGCGGAAAUCACCAUGGGUCGGCAACUCGCACAGUGUUUCGGGAUCCUCGUCGCUCCUAAGGAAUGCCUCGAGCCGGAAAACCAUGCAAUCCUCAAAAGACUUCGCGGUCAGUGGGUCUAUGGCAAUACGGUUCAGCCUCACCUUCCAAAUUGCUUCCCUCGACCUGGUAUUGUGGAUGAAAGAGUCGCAACAAAUCAAGCGAUAGCCACCUUUGCCAUCCUGAGGCACCUGAAGUAUGCAGAGUAUCAGAACGAUAUUGAAAUGAUUGUCCGGGUCAUCAUUCGAUCCCUCGUUACGUUCAAGAUAAGCCAAGACAUGUGUUCGGCAUUAAUUGUUCUGCUUGAAAUUCUCGCCCACGAACCCGAGCAGUUCAAGGAGCAUCUGAAUACCCUCACGACACAUAUCCUUUCUGUCUACCACAUGGCGCUCAUGGUGAGCAGGUCGCUGGAAAUCGCCGGCAAAGGAGAGGCGGAGCAAGCGGAAGCCGUUACAUGCCGAAUUUCGGUGCUGCAUUUCCUCCAUGGUUUGCCAGAAAGCAAAGGCCUGGAAUCACGAUACCUCUUGCAGUAUCAACAGAUUGUGACUCGUGGCCUGGCUGUGGCGUGCGGCGAUCCGGUGCGAGAGGUACGAGGAAUUGCCAUCAAAGCCAAGCGUUUGUGGCUCAACGUGGCGUAAGGGUAUGGCUAUAUGGGCAGGGCUUAGUUUUCUCUGAGGGAGUUGCCUCGUCAGAGAUUUGAUAUGGCCAACAUUACAUGAGACAUGGCAUUGAAAAGUGGCUAUUUUAUAGGCCGUAGACAUAGACGCGCACGAGGC